AUCCCAAUCCACAACAAACAACCACAUACGUUCUUUUUUCUUCUUCUUUGUUUUAUAUUAUAUACAAAGAGAAGAGAUAUUAUAUAGAUACACAAAGAGCUAGUUCUAUAAAACAUUCUAUUUGCUUAUUAUAAUAUUUUUUGUGUGUGUUGUGUUUAUCAAACAACUCUCUAGGCACUAUGAUUGCAUUGGAGGGACAUAUAUGCAUGGGGUUUGUUUUCUUUGUACUUGGUUUCUGGCACCUCUUCAACUACCUCAAACUCCACUUUCUUUGUUCUUCCAACACAUCAUUACCCUUUUGGUUUCCCACCAAAAUUAGUAGAUACUUAGAGCUUUAUUUCAUUGUGGCAAGUUGCGCAAUCUUCUCAGCCGCAGAAAUCUUCGAAGCUUCUAGUAAUGGAACCAUUCCUACCAACCAUAUCCACCAAGUUGAACACACUUCCAUAACUUUGUCUUUCUUAAUAUAUGCUACCUUUGCCAUAAUUCUUGAUACAAAAAAAUCAACUAUUACUGAAAAAACUCAAUAUGAAAUUACCCUUUUGCUAGCAGCUAUAGCAUUUGGACAAGAAUUUCUUCUUUUCCAUCUUCAUUCAAGAAGUCACAUGGGGAUAGAAGGACAAUACCAUUAUUGUUUGCAAGUUUUGAUUAUGAUAGGUUUUUUUACAACCCUUAUGGGAAUUGGUUUUCCAAAGAGUUUUUUGGUAUGUUUUCUUCGUUCUGUUAGCAUGAUCUUCCAAGGUUUGUUCAUUAUGUUCAUGGGUUUAGUGCUUUCUAGACCUGGUUAUCAACCCAAAGGUUGCUUCUUGGAAUAUGAAGGGGAUCAACUUAUGAUUAGGUGCAAUGAUGAAAAGGCUAUGCAUCGUGCUAUUUCAUUGGUGAAUCUUCAAUUCAGCUGGUUCUUUAUUGGAAUCACUAUUUUUGUAGUGUCUUUCUACUUGAUUAUGGCUAUAAUUUAUGGUGAAAAAGUGGAGUGUGAUUCACUGAUGAAGGAGGAACACUACGGUGAAGACGAUGGCUCAAAAAAUUUCGAUGUUGAGUCACAUAUUCAGAUGAUCACUACUAAUGUGAUGUAGGAGGGUUUCCAUAGUAUUUUAGUCCAAUUUUAGUAAUUUCUUGUUUUUGUUUCAGUUUGUUAUUUUCGACCCAUUAAAGUUUUGUUAUUUCCCUGUUUAAGCUUAACAAUUGUAA